AUGUCUUCAGCUAAGUGCCUGUCUCCUAAGUACGGGUCAGAUUCCGACUUAGUAAUUACUAAGGAUAAGGACGCGCCUUGUAGGGAAGCCAUAUUAACGAGACAAAAACGUAAGCGUGCGGAUGAUGACAUUUCGACGCUUAUAUCCAGCGAACUCAAGACGUUCAAAACCGAGAUACUAGAAAUGCUUCAAACUUGGAGAUCGGAGGAUGAAGGAAAGCAUAAGAAGUGGGAGAGUACUCUGAGUGAAAUUAAAAGCACUACUCAGGAUUUAGAGAAAGCCAUGAACUUUAUAUCAACUGUACAUGAUGAAAUGUGUAUAAGAUUGAAUAAUAUUGAACAGAAAACUAAGGUGCAGGAUGAAGUCAUAUCGGCUCUAAAAAACGAAGUGGAGCAUCUGCAGCGAGAAUCCCGGAAGUCAGUCCUAGAGAUCCGUAACGUACCUGUGGAACCAAACGAAAACAAGACUACGCUUGGCACUGCUGUCAUCGCUUUAUGUAAAACUAUAAAGUCUGAUGUAUCUGCUUCGGAAAUUAAAGGCAUCCAUAGAAUUCCUGGCAAACGGGACACUGUCAAACCUCUAAUAGUUGAACUCACUACAAAGGAGUCGAAGUUGAGCAUUCUUACCGCAGCUAAGAAUUAUAACAAGAGCAACAAGUCCGUGAAGCUCAAUGCUUCUCAUAUGGGCCUCAAGCAGACUACCCCUAUUUAUGUGUCUGACCACCUGACGCCUCUUGCAAAUCGACUGUUCUUCCUGGCACGUGAUCUGGUCAAAUCUCAGCUGUUCAAGUAUUGCUGGACUACCAAUGGCAAGAUUUUUGUAAAAAAGAAUGAUGAAGCUAGCGCAGUACUGAUACAGAGCGAAUCGCAAAUCACUCAACUGAAAUCCGCCUGA